AUGCGCCAUAAUGGCGAACUUAUGUAUGCACUGUGCGGGGAUUGCCAGUGUUUGCCAGAUUACUGCCAAAAAAUAAUACCUCAGUCGGCAUGCCCGUGUGGUGAUGGCCAGCAGGUACCGUGCAAAACAGGAACUCAGCAACUGAUUGGUGCCGGAACUACUGCAGUCGGUGGAGGUUUCUCCUAUGUACUGCCAUACGGAGUGACCGGACAGCAGCUCAUCAUGCAGCAAGGCCAGCUGCCCAGCCAAUUCAUCGUGCAAGGUCAGCAACAGCAACAGCAGCAGCUGCAGUUUGUGCAGACAGUUGGGGGCUUGCAGCAACCGCAGCUAGUGUCACAACUGGUACCACAGCAACCACAGCUGAUAGCUCAGCUGGUACCGCAGCAACCUAGGCUAUCUCCAGUGUUCAUUUUGCGAACAAUAGAGCAAGGAGGACGAGUGAUACAGCAAGUACCUCAGGUACCUCAACCCAUGUUACCGGCGCAGUACACUUCACAGAUUCAGCGAAUACCCCUGCAACAGUCACUUUUACUGGUACCUUCAGUAAGUCAAUUGCUGACGCAGCAGCAGCAGCAGCAGUUAACGAUUCCUAUGCAAACGCCAGCGCAGGCUGUCACUUUGCAGGUCCCAGGUAAUUCUUUAUUUAAUUUGCAAAUUGAUUUGCAAACUAAAUUUGAAAUUAUUGGGGUUGGUUGA